GUUCUGUAUUCGAAAGUAAUGUAAGCUGCAAAAAGGUCUAGUGUUCCAUUUGGGAAAAAUGAAAAAUACAUUAUUAAAGUGAUCCACAAAACAAGGUUCGAUCACAACGGAGCGUUGCACUGAAUCGUCAAGCAAACAGCCAAACACAAUGAAUAAUUGAGAAUUGAGAAUUGAGUUUCACAAGACGCAAGAAGAAGGAGAAGAAGAAAAAAAAGGUUAUUAUUACUAAAUAAAUAAAAGCGUUGGAUCGAUCGAGAAUGAGAGUGUGCCUUUGAUGAGCAUGGAGGAGCCUCAGUACCGCGAACAUCCCAAAGCCAAAAUCGCCACCAUUCCGCCGUCGCAGCACUCCGAUGGCGCCGCGGCCGAGUUGCGCGGUGUCGAUUGCAACCUGGCUUCCCUCUGCGAGCAUGUCCAAAUCGAAGGCUUCAAUUCCGGUUCCUUCUCUGAUAUCGUUGUCAAUGCUAUGGGUUCCACUUAUCGCCUUCAUCGUCUUAUCCUCUCUCGCAGUUCGUAUUUCAGGAACAUGCUUCAUGGGCCUUGGAAAGAAGCCGGUGCUCCUGUUGUGACUCUUCAUGUUGAUGAUAAGAAUGUUAAUGAUGAGGCAAUUGCAAUGGCUUUGGCAUAUCUAUAUGGACACCACCCUAAGCUUAAUGAUAAUAAUGCAUUUCGUGUUCUUGCUGCUGCUUCCUUUCUUGACCUGCAGGAUUUGUGUGGAAUUUGUACAGAUUUCAUUAUAUCUGAGCUGUGGACUUCAAACUUCUUGGCUUAUCAGGUGUUUGCGGAGAACCAAGACUAUGGCAUUCAUGGGGAGCGUGUUAGAACUGCAUGCUGGGGCUACCUCUGUCAAAGUGGUGGCAUGGAAUUGAAAGAGGUGCUUCCUAAACUUUCAUCUCAAACAUUACAUGCAUUACUGACUUCUAAUGAUCUGUGGAUACCCAAUGAAGAGAAACGGUUUGAAUUGGCUUUGCAUACAUUCCUGGCAAAAAGUGCUAAUUGCAAGGUUGAACAUCAUGCGCAUGGAAUUUCUGGUACUGAGUCUGCAACCAGUGUCCAUGCUGAUUCUGGUAGCUCCAAGGGAAAAAGUGUGACUGAUAGCUGCACUAGUAAGAGGUUGGAAACUGGCAUGGGGAAAAUGAGUCUUAAAACUGAUCUAGAGGACCCUAGCACACCUAGUCUUCUAGUCAAGCUUGCAGAUCCAGUGGCAGACUUCAACGACGGGGUUUCUGUUUCCAAUGAACGGGUUCAACAAGCUUCAUAUGCCAGUUCACCAAACCUGAAUCCAAGAUAUUCUUGUGACAUGGAAGGACCGUCAUUGAGUAAUUCAUUGCCUGAUACAGAUGGGAUGAGAACAUCGUGUUAUGUUGAGAUGCCUCUUGGUGCUGGAGCUACUGGUAUGGGAGCCACUGAAGUGGGUAUUGAAGGGCCAUCUGAAGAAGGACCUUGCUACCAUUUGGAGAACAAUAGUUGGUUAGAUAGAGAUCAAUCAAGACAUUGCUUUUCAUCGAAUUCUUGUAAUGAGCUCACAUCCAGUGAUUGGGGAAGAUAUGGAACACCUUUAUUUUCAUGGAAUGGCCAGGUUGUUGGCAGAAGACAGCUUAAAUCUCACCCCAGAGGAAACUACAGAGGUCAUGGAGAUGAAUAUGAUGCAUUUUUCAAUAUAUUUGAAGGGGGUUCCCUUUUAUAUUGCAAUAUGUCUUUUGAUGCACUUCUAAAUGCCAGAAAGCAACUUGAAGAAUUAGGUUUCCCUUGCAAAGCUGUAAAUGAUGGUCUUUGGCUGCAGAUGCUUCUUAGUCAGAGGGUACAAGAAAUUGCUGCUGAUACAUGCAAAGUUUGCUCCCUCAUGAGUAUGGCUUGCACUUGUCAGAAGCAAUUUGCAUUUUCACAUGGAGCUUCUACCACUGGAUCUUACGCACAAGAACAUAAUCAGAACAUUAUGCCUGGCAAUGCGGGAAAUAUAUAUGUUGCUGAAUCUUCUGCAGGCGAAAGAAAUGGCCUUUUUAGACCUGUACGAGUACAUGUUAGAGGUGCUAUUGAUGGGCUUGCAGGUAUUGGCCGUGGAACUACAUUUGUUCCAGCAUCUGCUUCGCCACCUACACGUUUUGUCUUUUCUCGUGUACCAUUUGGUGUUGGCAACAGAAACUAUCCUCAGUCUGCAGCCAAUGAUGAUUCAGAGACACGUGCUGACCCAAAUGGAGACCUGGCUGGAGAUGGCUUGACAGCUUUAGUUGGGCUAAGCCUGGGAGGGAGUAAUGGAACAAAUGUACAUACAGAGCUAACACAAAGGGGAUAUGAAAUGGGCUUGCAAAGCAGCAUGUCUGGAACUACUGCUGGAGGUGCAAGUACUGGUGGCAUUCCCAUGCAGAUGUUAGAGACACCGGAACAUACCAUUGGUAUAGAAUGGGACAAUGUCAACAGUAGUUCCAUAUCACUGGAUUUGAAAACACCUUUAAGCCAUUUCCCCCCUUUUCGCUUUGGUGUACGUUUUGAGGAUGUGCAUAGGCUUGGUGAUGGCCAGGUCAAGCAUUCUCCAGAAGUUUUCUAUGCUGGUUCUUUGUGGAAGGUCAGUGUACAAGCUUUUAAUGAUGAAGACCCCCAGGGACGGCGAACCCUUGGGUUGUUUCUUCACCGUCGGAAGGCAGAGGUAACUGAUAUACAUAGAAAGGUGCAUAUGUAUGUUGACUCGCGGGAAAAGGUGACUGCACGCUACCAGUUGACCGUCCCAUCCAAGAGAGAAAUGACGGUGUUUGGAAGCUUUAAACAAACAGGCACUCUUCUACCUAAAGCUCCUAAGGGAUGGGGAUGGCGAACUGCCCUGUUAUUUGAUGAGCUUGCUGAUCUUCUUCAAAACGGUGCCCUAAGGGUCAUUGCUGUAGUGCAGCUUGUUUAAAUUAAACGGUUAAACCAUUAAGUUUUGCACACUAUGGCUGAACAUGCUGAUGAUUUGUGGAAGGAAAAUUAUUAGUCAGUUUUUUCUUUUGUAAAACAAAAACUUUCUUUUGUCCAGUCUUGGGGGCUGGACGAUGGUGAAAGCCUCAUUACAUAUACAUGAUAAAAAUUGAGAAUUAUGAAACUGCAUGCUAUUGUAUGAAUAGUAUGGGAUCAGUAAUUCAGUAUACUAUGCACCAUUUAGCCUUGCUUUCUCCUCCAUUGUUAAGCAAGAUGUCAGCAUCAUGAUGUAUACAUAUUAGAUGUCUUUCUUUUUUUGUAACGUUUAUCUUUUUUUUUAUUUUUUUUUAUUUUCAGACUAACCAUUGUCUGAAAAUAAUCCCUAAACUAUGUUUGUAUAUAAGUUAGCGUCUAGGAUUGCGUUUAGUCAGAAGUGGGUACUGUUGACUAGGAAAUGGAGGACUAUUCUUCCAAUUAUGGGUCAUCUGAACCCGAAAUGGACGAAUUGUAACCUGUUUAUUUUGAAUGAGAACUAUAAUUGUUUGUUGGUCAA